AUUGGUUGUCCUGGGAGCUUGGUUACAGGGCGCAUUGUUUGAAUGUGAGCUGAGCUGAAAGUAGAUCGUGUCCAUGUUAGCAACAGAAUAAGUAGUUUCUGGUCAUAAUUCAUAUAAGAAUUGAACAACCCGCUCAACCUUAAAUUGGACCUCGAGGAACAUACAUCAAAGUCGGUUAGCUGAGCAGUCCACCCCAGGCAUGCGACACAAUUCCAGGCGCAGGCGAAAGCCCACAUCCCCCAGACGGAGAGAGCCCCCGCCCAGCGUGCCCCCUGCCCGGUCUCCUCGACGUAGCGGCCCCAGCACCUCCAGCGUGCGGACUCCGCAAGCUGGCAGUCCUGAGAGGAAAAGGAAGAGAUUCCGGCCAGGCACUCGGGCCUUAAUGGAAAUCCGCAAGUACCAGAAGUCUACAGACCUGCUUCUGCGCAAGGCGCCCUUCUCCAGAGUGGUGCGUGAAGUGUGUCAGACUUUCAGCAAGCUGCACCUGAGGUGGGAAGGCCUGGCUCUCCUUGCCCUGCAGGAAGCAUCAGAGGCCUUCUUGGUCCGCCUGUUCUCAGACGCCAACCUGUGUGCCAUCCACGCCAAGCGGGUGACGCUAUUCCCCCGGGACAUCCAGCUCGCACGACGGAUCAGAGGUGUGGAAAAUCUCUGAAAGGAGGGAGGAAGAGCUGGGGAGAAGGCUCUUGUCCCAGGAGCAGGGCCGAUGUCACUGUUAAGGUCAUGCGGGGCCAUACCUUGCCAUGUGCAUUUUCAGAGACUCUCCAACACUGCCACCUCUCAUGUGUUUGUAUAUUUUGUAUAAUUAGUGUUUUUACUGAUCUUACUGUCACCCAAAUUCAGAGGUGGACAUUUCAGGUUCAUAAAGCAAAAAUCCAGACCAAGAUUUUGUUUCAACCAACUAAUUGGGUAUAAAGAGUCACUCAUCUAGCUGGUUGAAACAAAUCCUGGUCUGGAUUUUACUUUCUGGACCUGAAAUUUCCACCUCCGCCCAAUUUUUUAUUUUAUUUUUUUUUCUUUUGUAAAUAAUGACGUCCAUAUUAUGCUCACAAUAAGGUUUCAGUGACUGUAAGUCCAUGGUCUGGGUUAAUAGUUAAUAUUACAGGGAGCGAAUGGACAUCUAUCUCACUCAUAAAGUCUAGUUAAAUACAUUGUUUGGUUUGUUUAAGAAAAGUGUAAUAAUGCCAAAAAAUGUAUCAAUGCAAGUCACAUUUUAACCUGAAUCAUCUGCAUUUAGAUAUCGGGGAUAUUUUACAAUUUGCAUUAAUUCAUUUAAAUUUUAAUGUUCUUUUUAAUUGUUAUUGUGACCUUUGAAGGAUGUUUUAUCGCUCAUUACAGGCUGUAGGUUAUAUUGUGCUGAUGUCUGGCUUUCGUAAUUUUAAGAUGAUUUGUACUAAAUAAAACUUGAUUUUUUCCCA